AUGCAAAACUCGAUUACUUCCCUGCUGAAUAACAACAACAUGACCUGUGUCUACGACAACAAGAAUAAGAAUAACCCUGAUCCUUUGUUUGACGAUUGGCUUGUGCAAGACGCCUUGGAAGACGGCGAUAACGAUACAAUGGCAUCUCCUCCUUCCCCAACGGUUACAGACGACAAGAUCAGCGUCGAUAAAAGUAGCUCAAAUUCUCCAACACCAUUACCAGCGUCGUCUAUUACGACACCUCCCUCGCCACCUGUCAAUGGGCAACCCAAUACAAGUGCAACACAUUCAUCCCCCGCUUUGCAUGGUCUUGCAGCAGCACUGAUAGCUCUCAUGAAUAACAAAAUACCACCUUCCAUGACGACACAACAGCACUCUGCAGCUACAACACCACCCACAACACCACCUUCUUCUAGUGUUUCCACAAUGUCAACAAAAGUUAGCAAGGCAACAUCGUCGUCUUCAUCAACAGCAGGGACCAAACGUAAACAACCACAGCGUAAGCCAUCAACAUCGUCGUCAUCAUCAUCAUCAUCCAUUGAUCCGGUGGAUGAAGCGGCCAUCAAACGCCAAAAGAACACCGACGCUGCACGUCGUUCUCGACUGAAAAAGGUGCUCAAAAUGGAAUCGCUAGAAAACAAAGUGACCGAGUUGGAAAAGGUGCAUUCGGAUCUUAUGAUGCGUGUAGCUGUUCUUGAUUCCGAAAAAGCUGGUUUGGUAUCCAAGGAAACAUCCUAUGAGGAACGGAUCAAGAAACUCGAGAAUCAACUCGCUGAAGCCCAUAAAGCGUUGGCUCACAAAGCUACUACUUCCUCGUGA